AUGGAGUAUGAUGGUCUGAGCGGAAGCGACUCAUACGGCAGCAACCUGCAUGUAACGGCGAUAACGCUGUCCAUAUGUGGAAUGCAGACUAACGUCAACCGUCUACCGAUUACGAAUAACGAACGACACCGACUAGACUACCGCCAACCGGCAACCUGCUACCGCUACCGCUACCAUUUCGUCACUACCGUCUGUCGUGGACCGUCUACCGACUUUCUAUUUAACGCAACCGCUACUGGUAGUCAUGAACCCAAGCCUAAUGAGGCAGCCAAAGAUGGGGUUUCACCUAACCUAACCGGAAAGGUUUCUAUAGAACCUAAUGAGGUUAAGGCAUUAAAACAAAAAUAUGUCUCUGUAUUUAGAGGUGGUCCGGGGGAGAUCAAAGAUGUUGAGGCUAGGAUAGUCUUAAAAGAAAACUAUAUCCCUAAGUUUUGUAAAUAUAGACCUGUUCCGUAUGCAUUGCGUACUUCUGUUGAACAAGAGAUUGAUCGGAUGAUAUCCGAAGGUAUUGCCUACCCUGUUACAAGCUCACAGUGGGCUACCCCAAUAGUAGUUAUACAAAAGAAACAAGGCGUCCGCUUGUGCGGGGACUUUAAAGUUACUCUGAACCAGGUUAUACAGUCAGAACAUUAUCCGUUGCCGCAGCCCGAAGAUAUAUUUGCCUCGUUAGCAGGCUGUAAAUGUUUUUCUGUGUUGGAUUUGGAGGCGGCGUACCUCCAGCUUGCUGUUGCAGAGGAGUCUCAGGAACUUUUGACAUUGGCGACACAUAAAGGUCUCGUGCGGCUACGUCGCUUACCAUAUGGCUUGUCGUCAGCCCCGGCCCUCUUCCAGGCGGCGAUGGACAAGAUAAUUGGAGGACUCCCAGGUACAGUGGCGUACCUGGAUGAUUUGUUGGUUGGUGGAUCAUCCCGAGAGGAGGCUCUAACAAGAUUGGAACAUGUUCUGCAGCGACUUCAAAGCUAUGGAGUUAAGCAGAGUAAACAAUGGGUGUUGUCUACUGAUGUAUUGGUUCACUAUGACGUGCAUAAACCUUUGAUUUUGACAUGUGAUGCGAGCCCACGGGGUGUUGGAGCAGUACUUUCUCAUCUCAUUGACGGUGUGGAAAAACCAAUUGCGUUUGCCUCAAAAUCUUUGAGUGCAAGUGAAAAGAAUUACUCUCAACUUCACAAAGAAGCGUUGGCGCUUGUGUUUGGAGUCAAAAAGUUCCAUAAGUACAUUUAUGGUCGUUCAAAUGUUGUGUUGCAGACAGAUCAUGCGCCUUUGGUUGCCAUUUUUGGAAGUAAGCGAGGAGUGCCGUGUGUAGCUGCGGCUCGUCUUCAACGCUGGGCGUUGAUUUUGUCAGCCUAUAACUUCGAGGUGAAGUACAGGCGAGGGGUGGAUCUCCCUCAUGCUGAUGCCCUUUCAAGAUUGCCGCUGCCCAAUGAUGAGACCAUGGAAUUGGAGGCCAAUCACCUCUCUCACGUGGAAAAUGUGGUGGAAGUAUUUAGCUGCUACAAAUUGGUGAGUGACGACACACCUAUUACGGCUAAAGAUAUUGCUAGAUUGACUGAUAGGGAUCCUGUGUUAUCAAAAGUAAGGGACUUUAUUUGGCACGGUUGGCGUUCAGCCGAUGAACCUGAGUUAAUUGCAUAUUUCAGAAGGAAGGAUGAACUGUCGGUUGACAACAAUUGUGUCGUUUGGGGAGCACGAGUAGUCGUGCCCGAAAAGCUUCGGAGUGCUGUAAUCCGAUUACUACAUGACCAGCAUCCAGGAAUAUCGCGUAUGAAAAUGUUAGCCAGGAGCUACGUCUGGUGGCCUGGUCUUGAGAAAAAUUUAGAGGAAACAGUGUCUACCUGCACUGUUUGUCAGUGCACUAGAAAUGCUGCCGUUAAGGUGCCAUUGUAUCAAUGGCCUAGAACUACCAACAGGUGGCAGAGAAUUCAUAUUGACUAUGCGGAAGAUCCGCAAACUAGACAACAGCUGUUAGUUGUAGUUGACAGUUUUUCAAAAUGGCUUGAAGUAUUUCUUAUGAAAUCAACUACAUCAUUCAAAACCAUUGAAAGAUUACGAACCUUGUUUGCUGCUUAUGGGUUGCCGGAAGAACUGGUAAGUGACAAUGCACCUAAUUUUACGAGUGCCGAGUUCAGGGAGUUUCUGAGUAGGAAUGGUAUAAAAUUCACCUUGUCACCCCCCUAUCACCCUGCGUCCAAUGGCGCAGCCGAAAGAUGUGUGCAAGAGGUAAAGAAAAAUCUGCAGAGGCAAGUGAUAGAAAGUCAAUUGGAAGGUGUUACCUUACAGCAUAAAUUAGACAACUUCCUGUUUGUGUACCGGAACACACCCAGCACAGUAACUGGACUCUCACCAGCCGAGUUGUUUCUCCAAUGGAAACCCAGAACAAAAUUAACCCUACUUAAGCCUAAUUUGUUGUCAGUGAUUGAUAAAAAGAAGGAACAGCAACGUUCAGCUGCAAACAGCAUCCGAGGUGGUGCUAGACAUUUUGGCAAAGGAGAUAAGGUGUGUGUGAAGACGGUCAGAGGGGAGCAUGUGUCCUGGGUUCCGGGAAAAGUGAUGGAGCAAAGAAGCCCUGCGACUUAUGUUGUAAGUGUGUUAGGCAAGGUCCGGUUCUGUCAUGCGGACCAUCUGCGUUCCAGUCUUCUGGGAGACGAAGAGGAGACUUUGGUGGAUAGGCGAAUUCCACAGCCAUCACCAGUCAAGGCAUCACCUCCGGUUAGGCCUAUUUCACCAGUGAAGAUACCUAGCCCUCAGCCAGCGGCGAUAACGCCCUCACAUCAGAGGCGAAGCCUGCCAGAAGCAUCUAGCCCUCUACCAAGACUUGAAGAAAGACAUGAAGUGCAGUCAAGCCCGCAACUUCUUAGACGGUCUCAACGGGCCGUUCGUAAGCCGAGGAGGCUUGAUCUUUAA